AGACACACACAGCAGCAGCUCCACCUCCACGCUGACCAUCACAGGCACACAGAGGCACAACCACCUCACAUCCACCUCAUACUUGUGUACUCUCAGGGUUCAGUCUUCCAUCCUAUCCCUCUCUGAUCUGUGCCUCCCAAUACCUUCUAAGAUGUUUACAGAGACCCUUCUCCCUGUGCAGUUAGGAGCGUGAGGCAAGAGAGCCCCUACUUCAUGGGGCAGAUCAAGAGCUGAGACCAAAGAUGGUCUAUGUUGCUGACCUUGUCCUGUCCUCCUACUGUCUUAACUAUGAGCCCUGCUGUGGUCACUGAAGCUUUUCCCUGUGAGCAGUGGUGUGUGAGAGCCAGGCGUCCCUCUGCCUGACCACUCAGUGGCAACUCCCUGGAGCUGUUCUGUCCUUUGUGAGCUCAGCAGUUCCCUCUUUCAGAACUCGCUGCUAAGAGCCCUGAACAGGAGCCACGAUGCAGUGCUUCAGCUUCAUUAAGACCAUUAUGAUCCUCUUCAAUUUGCUCAUCUUUCUGUGUGGUGCGGCCCUGUUGGCAGUGGGCAUCUGGGUAUCAAUCGAUGGGGCAUCCUUUCUGAAGAUCUUCGGGCCGCUGUCGUCCAGUGCCAUGCAGUUUGUCAACGUGGGCUACUUCCUCAUCGCAGCCGGCGCUGUGGUCUUUGCUCUUGGUUUCCUGGGCUGCUAUGGUGCUCAGACUGAGAGCAAGUGUGCCCUCAUGACGUUCUUCUUCAUCCUCCUCCUCAUCUUCAUUGCUGAGGUUGCAGCUGCUGUGGUCGCCUUGGUGUACACCACAAUGGCUGAGCACUUCCUGACGUUGCUGGUAGUGCCUGCCAUCAAGAAAGACUAUGGUUCCCAGAAAGACUUCACUCAAGUGUGGAACACCACCAUGACAGAGCUCAAGUGCUGUGGCUUCACCAACUACACGGAUUUUGAGGACUCGCCCUACGUCAGAGAGAACAAUGCCUUUCCCCCAUUCUGUUGCAAUAACGUCACCAACACAGCCAAUGAAACCUGCACCAAGGAAAAGGCUGACGACCAGAAAGUACAGGGUUGUUUCCAACAGCUUUUGUAUGACAUCCGAACUAAUGCAGUCACCGUGGGUGGUGUGGCAGCUGGAAUUGGGGGCCUCGAGCUGGCUGCCAUGAUUGUGUCCAUGUAUCUGUACUGCAAUCUACAAUAAGUACACUUGUGCCUCUGCCACUACUGCUGCCACAUGGGAACUGUGAAGAGGCACCCUGGCAAGAAGCAGUGAUGGGGGAAGUGUCAGGAUCUAACAAUGUCACUUGGGCCAGAGUCGACCUGCCCUUUCUGCUCCAGAUUUGGGGCUAGAUAGGGACCACUCCUUUUAGGCGGUGCCUGACUUUCCUUUCAUUGGCAGGUGGGUGGGUGGGGGGCAUUCCACAGCCUCUAAGGUAGCCAGUUCUGUUGCCCAUUCCCCCAGUCUAUUAAACCCUUGAAACGCCCCCUAGGCCUAGUGGUGAUCCCAGUGCUCUACUGGGGGAUGAGAGAAAAGCAUUUUAUAGCCUGGGCAUAAGUGAAAUAAGCAGAGCCUCUGGGCGGAUAUGUAGAAAGCACUUCAAAAUGCAUAAACCAGUGACAAUGUU